GCAUGAACUGGGCAUUUCUUCAGGGCGUCCUGAGUGGCGUGAACAAGUACUCUACGGCACUGGGUCGCAUCUGGCUGUCGGUGGUCUUCAUCUUCCGGGUACUGGUGUAUGUGGUGGCGGCCGAGGAGGUGUGGGAUGAUGAGCAAAAAGACUUCAUCUGCAACACCAAGCAGCCCGGCUGCCCCAACGUCUGCUAUGACGAGUUCUUCCCUGUGUCCCACGUGCGCCUCUGGGCCCUGCAGCUCAUCCUGGUCACGUGCCCUUCGCUUCUUGUGGUCAUGCACGUGGCCUACCGGGAGGAGCGAGAACGGAAGCACCGCCGGAAACACGGGCCCAAUGCCCCUUCCCUCUACAGCAACCUGAGCAAGAAGCGGGGUGGCCUGUGGUGGACCUACCUCCUGAGUCUUGUCUUCAAGGCUGCUGUGGACUCGGGCUUCCUCUACAUCUUCCACCGCAUCUACAAAGGCUAUGAUAUGCCGCGAGUGGUAGCCUGCUCGGUGGAUCCCUGCCCCCACACCGUGGACUGUUACAUCUCCCGGCCCACAGAGAAGAAGGUCUUCACCUACUUUAUGGUGAUCACGGCAGCCAUCUGCAUCCUACUCAACCUCAGUGAGGUUGCCUACCUAGUGGGCAAGAGGUUCAUGGAGGUCUUCCAUCCCCGGCGCCGGAAGGCCUCUCGGGCACAUCAUCUACCAGAUACCUACCCACCCUAUGUGAUCUCCCAAGGAGGUCACCCCCAAGAUGGGAACUCUAUCCUAAGGAAGGCUGGGCCAGCCACAGUUGAUGCAGGUGUGUAUCCAUAACCUGCAAGUAGGGUCACCUGACUGUUCCCUGAGGCCACCUAGGAGAGCCGGCAAGGGGAUUGUCACCUUCUGCAGCAGGGCAGGAGGGGAAGGUGGCUUUGGGGACUCGGGAAACUCAUCCAGGGCUAGUAGAGGGUGAAAAGCACCCUUGUAUCCCUGGACUCUGAGCCUUCAGGGUCUUGAU